AUGACGGUGGCUACACAAGAGAAGACGCCGGAGGUGAUGGCGACUGAUUCUGCCAGCGCCGACACUAGGGACAUGAAGACGGGCAUCGCGAGAGUUGAUUCCAAUCAAUUUAGUGGUGUCCCGGCCAGGAAACUACUCCUCAAAUGCGACCUCCGCCUCGUGCCGAUCUUGGGCACGCUCUAUCUCGUUUCCUUCUUCGACCGCUCCAACAUUGCUAAUGCGAGGCUCUUCGGCCUCGAGAAGUCGCUCAAUAUGCCGUCGAACGGCUUCAACACCUGCCUAUGGAUUUUCUACUUGCCCUUUGUCAUAAUUGAGAUUCCGAGCAACUUGAUCAUGACCAUGAACAAGAUCAAGCCGAACUACUGGCUAGCGGGAAUGAUGUUCAUUCUUGGUGUCGUUUCCAUGUGCCAGGGACUCACCAAGAGCUACGGUGGUUUGCUUGCGUGCCGCUUCCUCAUGGGUAUCCUGGAGGCCGGUCUCCCACCAGGAGCCGCGUUACUUAUUGGGCAGUACUACAAGCGCAGCGAGUUCAAUAUCCGCUUCGCGUGGUUCAUCUGUUUCGCUCUCGGAGGUAGUGCUUGCGGUGGUCUCCUUGCAUUCGCUCUCGAGCAUAUGGGUGGGCUCGCAGGCUACGAAUCCUGGAGAUGGGUCUUCAUUAUCGAAGGCCUCAUUACCAUCGCAUUCAGUGUCGCUGCCUUUAUGAUUAUCCCAGGCUUCCCUGAGGAUGCCAAGUUCCUCACGGAACCCGAGCGAGCUUUCCUCCUCAAGCGCCUACGUGACGAUCGUGGCAGCGAAAAGACCGAUAUGAAGGGUGUGCCAUGGUUGCGAGUACUUCUCGACUGGAAAGUGUGGGCCUUCACGGUUGUCUUCUUCUGCUGCGACAUGAGCGCCGCGUCAAUCUCUGCCUUCACCCCCACCAUCCUCAAGGAGCUCGGCUGGACCAAAUCGACCGCACAGGUCAUGUCGAUCCCGAUCUGGGUCGUCGGUAUCGUGUUCACUCUCUCGGCGUCCUUCCUCUCCGGAAAACUCUCUAUUCGCUACCCCUUCGUCUUCUUUGGCAUUGCACUCUCGCUCGUCGGCUGGGCGAUCCAGCUCGCGCAGGUUCAGCCACCUGGAGUGCGGUACUUUGCCCUCUUCGCCAUCGCCUCCGGGGCCUUCAUGCAGAUGCCUAUUCUAAUUGGAUGGCUGAAUGGAAAUCUGCGAGGACGGCUGGCCCAGGCUGUCGGUGCAGCAGUGCAGCUGGGGAUAGGGAAUUGCGCAAAUUUCAUCAGCAGCAAUGUGUUCAUCACAAACGAGGCGCCGAAGUAUCCAACAGGGUUCAAGGCGGGACUUGCAAUCACGGCGGUCGGUGGUGGGGUGUUAGUUAUUGUGGUGCUCUUGAUGGCUUGGCACAACUCACUAUCAAAAUCUAAGGAGGGAGAGGAGGUCGAGGACGAGGACGAGCAUGACCAGGAAAAUUUCCGGUACCUUCUGUAG